UCAGCUGUUACUGGAAGUGCUCCACAACAUCUGUUUCCGUUUCAGUGACAGCGCCCUCUAGUGGUCAUAAUAAUCAUGACGGGAGCGAAGGAGGAAAUCAGCAGAAAGGCUGGAGUGACUCCCUGCGGCCGAUGGACAGACAUGGAAACAUAAAGGUCAGAGGUCGGAGGCCCUCUCAGCUCCCUCUGGACAGACCACAAAACUCCCAGGAGCCUUUGCAGCACCCGGGGCCCGUCCGCAAGAGUCACAGACGGAAAGGUACGUUAGUGUGCAGCAGUAAUGGGACCGGUAGCACCUCCGUCUCCUCCGUUACCAUGGUUGCCAUCCCCGACUGCGUCGACAACGCUACGCAGACGGACAUCAGCUUCCAGAACAUGGUGACGCUGGGGAGGAGCAGAGGUCACCACCACCACAGCCGGGGGGGCUCCUCCUCUCCCCCUCCCCCCUCUCCUCCCCUCCCUCACCUCGUGGGACCAUACGGGAUCAACGAGUUCUGUGUGUUUGAGUACAACGACCCCAACGACUACUUUGACGUCUCGAAUCAUGAGGUGGACAGACAGGAUGACCUGGAGUACGAGGAGGUGGAGCUCUACAAGUCCAGCCAGCAGGAGAAGCUGGGUCUGACAGUCUGCUACAGGACGGACGAUGAGGAGGAUCUGGGGAUUUACGUUGGAGAGGUCAAUCCAAACAGCAUAGCAGCCAAGAAUGGACGCAUCAGAGAGGGAGACCGGAUACUUCAGAUUAACGGAGUGGAUAUUCAAAACAGGGAGGAAGCAGUGGCCAUUUUGACCAGAGAGGACAGCAUCAACUUCUCCCUGCUGCUGGCUCGACCAGACAUAGAGAAUGACAACCCUGUGGAUCCAGAGGAGGACAUGGAGCUGACUCUGGAAGGAGGAGGCUACCACUCAAACCCUCAGGCCUCCUCCUGCUCCCUCACCUCCCCACACCUCUCUGGCUACUACCGCCUCCGCCGUGGAGGAGGAGGAGGAGGAGGAGAAGGAGGCAGAGAGGGUGCAGGGGGUGAGGUGGACGAUGAGGAGGAAGACGAUGAAGAAGGGGAGGAAGGAGAGAAGGGAGGGAAGGAGGACAGAGAGCCACCCGUCCCCCUCCCUCCUCUGCUGAGCCUGGCUCCGCUGCUGUCCAACAGCCAGGAGCUGGACAGCGGAGUCGGCCGCACCGACGACAGCACUCGCUACGAGGAGUCGUCCGAGCACGACCUGCUGGGCGACCAGACCAGCGCCUGCAACACCAACACCACCAACACGCCCGGCAGCACCAGGAAGUUCAGACCGGGACCUAGCCCCAGGCCCAGCCCCCGCCCCAGCCCCGGCCUCGGCCCGAGCCCCAGGCCCAGCCCCAGCCCCGGGCACGGCCGAGGAGACACCACCCCUCCUUCUCUCCACCUGCGAGAGCUCCAGCUCAGCUCCGACUCCCUCGCCGGCCUGGACUGGGCGGCAGGAGGAGGACCAGGAGGAGCAGCGUACAGCCCCCACCACCACCACAAGCACUACCAUCACCAUCACCACCAGACCCCUCUGACGAUGAUGAUGAUGAUGCCGGGCCUGACGGAGGAGGAGUGCCAGCGAUACCGGGAGCUGCUGGGGGUCAGGUGCCAGUACGAGAGACGUAACGACAAGCAGCAGAAGAAUGAACCAGACGGCGCCGAAGCGAAAGACGGCGAGGAGAGAAAAGAGGAAGAGAAGGAAGGAGAGGAGCACGCUCCUUCUUCUUCUCCUUCUUCUUCUUUGGCGGUGGACGUGAACUGCAACGAGACGCCGAACGAACACGAGAUGGCGCUGAUCGAGGAGGAGCUGCGCCACCUGGAGUUCAAGUGCCGCAACAUUCUGCGCGCUCAGAAGAUGCAGCAGCUCAGAGAGAGAUGUCUGAAAGCCUGGAUGAUGGAGGAGGAGACGGCGGCGGCUGGAGCCGGGCGACCGAGCCCUCCUGAAGCAGGUUCGGAUAACGAUGAUGACGACAACGAUGAAGACGAUCCUCAUCGUCACGAGUUGUCAGCCAUCAACGAGCUCCCGGAGCGCGAGCGAUCGGACGACAAAGACAGCACCAGCGCCUACAACACCGGAGGGGAGAGCUGCCGCAGCACGCCGCCGGUCAGCACCGAGCAGAUCCCGCCUCUCCAGGAAGAGGAGGAUGAAGGAGGGAGACGACUGAUGUCUCCACCUCCUCUCCUCCCCCUCGGUCGCCUCCCCCCUCUGAACUCCCCCCUCACCCCGCGGCGUCACGGGCGGGACCGAGACAGAGAGAGACGCCACUCGAACCUCACCUUCUCCCCGAACACUUACAGGAAGUACGAGACAGCCAAUGGAAAUGUGGCGCAUGGCUCAAGCUCCACCCCCUCUACGCCCUCCAAGUUCAGAUCUCUGUCCAGAGAGGCGGGGUCAUCUUCAAGAAGGGGCGUGGCUGAUGGAGGGCGGGGCUCCAGAGCAGGUGGAGCCCCUGACAGGCCGGGAGGUGGAAGCGCAGAGUCCAGCCCCUACUUCACCCGGCGACUCCACGGCCACGCCAAACCGUUAGAGCGCUACCAGAGCUGCAUGACUCUGCCGUCGGAGGGCCUGGUGGACCCGCUGGACCGGGUGAGAGACAGAGCGAGAGCAGAGGGCGAGGAGAGAGGGAUGGGUACAGGCAGCAGCGGCCCGGCCAGCCCCAGGAGUGUGAACAGCGCCCCCUGCGGUCUGGAGGACCGUCGCACGGCCUCCCGGUUAGGACUGGCUUUACCGCUCGGCCUGACGCACUCGUCACCAACCGCCUCCCCGCAACGCAUGGAGUGGAAGGUGAAGAUCCGCAGCGACGGCACUCGCUAUGUGGCGAAGCGGCCGGUCCGAGAUCGUCUGCUGAAGGCCAGAGCCAUGAAGAUCAGAGAGGAACGCAGCGGCAUGACGACCGACGACGACGCCGCCAGCGAGAUGAAACAGGGCCGAUACUGGAGCAAAGAGGAGAGGAAGCAGCAGCUGCUGAGAGCCAGAGAGUACCGACGAAGAAGAGAGUUCAUGAUGCAGAGCCGCCUGGACUACCUCCGAGGAGACAGGGACCUUUCAUCAUCAGCAGGGGGUGCUGAAGACCCUCGUUCAUCCCAGCUUCAUCCCCCCGGCAACAACAUCCUGUUACUGAGCCAGAAGAAGAUCAUGAAGAAGAGGAACCGCCGGAUCCUGGACAACUGGAUCACCAUCCAGGAGCUGCUGGCUCACGGCUCGAGGUCUCCGGACGGAAAGAAGAUAUACAACCCUCUGCUUUCUGUGACCACGGUGUGAUCUGAGCCAGCCGGAGGAAGAGGAGCCGAAGGAGACAAAAAAUAUGAAGAUUCAGUAGUUCAAUGAAUCAAAGAAGAAAAUGUGGAGAUGUUCUGUGUAAUACUCAGACUUGGAACAACAAUCUGCUUUAAAUAAUGCGUACGAGCAGAAUGAGACAGCAGAGGAAUAUGCAAAAACAUUAAGAUGAGAAAUGAGAGGAUGGAAGCAGCAGGAUACCUGAAAAGGGAUUGGAUCUGUUUUCUGCAGUCAAAUAAGCCCAUCAGCUGGUGCUGGACUGGAUCCUGAUCAGGACCACAGUCUCAGGAGCAACAAACACUUUGUUUUAGAUUGAUCUCUUUCAUGACCCUGAUUCAAACUUGUAAAAGUCCAUUGAAGGCAGCGAUAGCAGCUCUUUGCUUAUGAAAUAUGUCACGAGACUAUUCCUGAACCUGCAGGACACAGAUUUGACCUGCUGGUUGUGAAUUUGCUCAGGGUCGUGCAAACUGAGGCCAAGGUGCAUCAACAUGAGUUAAACAUGUUUUAACAGGACUUUAUGAAUCUACUUCAUAAAAGUACAGACAAGAGGACAAAUGAGAAAUAACAACUGGACGACCGUCUCCUCUCUGCGGUCUGAACAUCAGCUUGUCUUCUUCUGACUAACUGAAUCAAACCUCAUCUGGGAACAUUUGGGAACAUUUGGGAAUUGUUUUGCUCGUCUGUGGCAUCAUGUUUGUUGGCAAGGUGAGAUUUGAAUCCUUGCUGAACGCUGCGAUGACGUCAGUUACAACCGCACCAAACGCCACGACUGGUCCAAAUCACAAGCUGCUGUUGAUUUGGACGUUUCAUGUUGAAAAGUUGUGGUAAUUAUUGCAGAGAUUUCUUGAAUUUAUGUUAAUUAUUGUGAUGUUUCCUGGAGUUCGGACACUGAAAUGCUUCACAGAGUGUGUAGACUGUGGAGAGAUCUUUGAGACUUUGUUCCUGUUUUCAUAGAAAGAAGAAAAGAAAACUCAGAGAAUGAUGAUAAAUGUUUGGCGGUAACUCUGACGCAGAAACAAAUGGACAAAAUGAAGUAAAGUAUUAUUGAUACACAUGCUGGAAGAAGAAGCAACAUUCAGUAUAAUAAUAAUCUCUCCAGGAGUUCAUCUGUGACAAACAGCUGUUUUAUUGAUCGGUUGCCUUUUUAAUUCGCUGAUGAUCACUUUCCCAGAAUGCAUUCUGACUCCUCAGGGAGACUCAAAGCAUCGGUUGCAGCUGCAUUCUGGGUAAUUUUCUGCUCCUAUAUGAUUGUGAUUUUCGUUCACAGUGUUUUAACCGUGCUGGACUCGUGUCCAGUCAGAUAUUUAUAUGAGUAAUGAAACGCAUGAAUUAAAUAUUGAACGUUGUGAAUUAUUGGACAUAAUUCUUGAAGCUAAAGUAGUGUAGUGUACAAACCUUUGUGCAGACAUUUUUAGUAGUGAAGACAUUAAAUGCUGAGUUAAUUGAUUAAAAUGAAGUGAAAUCA